CGAUACUCGAUUUAUCAGGUAGAUGCUCCGGAAUGCGCAGAAUGAGUUACGAAUUUAUUUCAAUUUAUUCGAAACAUCUUGAUUUAUAAAGAUCCGUAGUUCUUGAUUAAAUCUCUCGCGUGUUAUAUACAUAAGGAUGUCUGCGGCGAAACAGCAACAAAAUGUUGAGCAUAAAGAAAAGAAAAGAAAAGAGAGUAUUCUUGAUCUUUCCAAGUAUCUUGAAAAGAAUAUAAGAGUUAAAUUUGCUGGAGGCAGAGAAGCGGAAGGUAUACUCAAAGGUUAUGAUCCCUUACUCAAUUUGGUACUCGACAAUACAAAGGAGUAUCUCAGAGAUCCGGAUGAUCCAUAUAAAUUAAAUCAGGACACUCGUAUGCUGGGCUUAGUAGUGUGUAGAGGAACAUCUGUAGUGCUCAUCUGUCCUGUUGAUGGUAUGGAAUCUAUACAAAAUCCAUUUAUACAGCAAGAAGGGUAAAAAAAAAUAUCUUUACGUUUGAUAAUGUAUAAUACAUUUGAUAUGUAUAAUGUCUUAAAAAACUACCUUAUUUUUAAAUACUGUUUCCAUUUUUCUAAUAAAGAAAAUAUAAUUUAUUUUACAUUAUGAAUCGAGGAAACUUACAUAUAUAGGAAAUAAAUGCGAUUUUUUUAUAAACAUGUUUUUUACUUAUGUUUACAAUAAAUAACACAAUUGCCUCUCUAAAUAAGGUACUGUGUGAACUCUUGAUGAUGUACAAAUAACAUGCAAUAACAUCUUA